AUGACGAAUUCCGACGACGAGGCUCUUUUUGACGACAUCUACGACGACGAUAAGGAGGAAGUGAAGCAGGAGCAGCAGGAGACGGCGCCAAAGACGGGCGAGACCGCGUCGGAGCCUGCCAACCCGGCCGCACAGGACGGUUCGUCUGGAGCAGGCGAAACGGCACCAGUCGCUGCUGCGGCGCCGGCGCAAGCGCCAGUGCAGGUUUCAGGGCAGUUCCCGGUGAUGCACGCGCCGCCACCAAUGACAGUGGGCGGCCCAGGCCAAAGACAAUUCCAAGACACGGUGCGAGCCGAUAUCCAGUCGAAGGACCAGGGCAAGAUGUUUAUUGGUGGCUUGAACUGGGAAACGACCGAGGAGAGCAUGAAGAACUACUUCUCGCAGUUUGGCGACGUGAUCGACCUGACUAUCAUGAAGGAUAACGCGACAGGACGGUCGCGCGGAUUUGGCUUUUUGACAUUUGCUAGUUCAAGUAGUGUUGACGAGGUUUUAAAAAAAACACACGUUCUAGACGGCAAGCUUAUCGACCCUAAAAGAGCCAUCCCGAAAGAGGAGCAAGACAAGACAGGCAAGAUUUUUGUCGGCGGCGUGGCUCCAGAGGUCACCGAGGCCGAAUUUACGGAAUAUUUCCAACAGUUUGGUAACAUUAUUGACUCGCAACUGAUGCUCGAUAAGGACACUGGCCGGUCCCGAGGAUACGGAUUUGUGACGUACGAUUCUCCCGAUGCCGUUGAUAGAGUGACCCAGAAUAAGUACGUGCUAUUUCACGGUAAAAACAUGGAAAUCAAGCGGGCAGAGCCUCGUAACCAGCAGAAGGCCGGCUCUUCCUACUCCAACAUCGGCCAGCCGCAGCAGACGUAUACACAGAUGGCCCAGAUGCAGCAGUAUUGGCAGCAGAUGCAACAGAUGCAACAGUACUGGAUGCAAAUGCAGCAGGUCCAGCAGCAGGGCGGCGACGUUUCGCAGGCCAUGCAGCAGAUGAUGCAACAGUACGGCCAAACGAUGCCUGGCGGCGACGAGCAGCAGAACGGGGCCGACGACGCCAAGGACGCCGGCGACGAGGUGCCUAAUCCGCAGGAGCAAACCACGAACCUGCCUUCUGGGCCCCGCGGCGGCGUGAGACACGGCGGACGGCCACGCGGGCCUAAGGACUCGCGUGACUUCCGUGGCCGAGGCGACCGGGGCGACAGGGGUGACAGAGGCGAUAGGGGCGACAGGGGCGGAAGAAGUGGCGGCGGCGGUGGUGGUGGCCACAGAGGCCGUGGAAGACGCGGCUACCACCCUUACAACAGAUAG